AUGCCCGCAACGAAACUUGCUCGCAAGUCACUCUCGAAAGCAUCGAGCUCGUUUGAGAGCGAAGAAGAGACAAGCUGCGAGGACGAGGAUAGCUCCUGUGACUCUGACUUGCUCCAGUACGAGCAAGACGAUAGCAGGCAGGUUGAUGACACAUCACUAGAAGCUGCUGAGCAGGACGAUCUCUACAAUGGCAAGCACGUGUGGGAGGUAGAUGUGGGUGAAACUUACAACAAGCUCAAGGAGGAGGUGGAGGACACGUUCGUACGCGGGAGCUCAGGCAGACUACCUCGUCCUCAUCAGGCAGACUGUGUGACGAGGCUGAUCAUGGAGCUGCGGAUUGAUCAGAGGAGGAGCAGGGGGCGACCAGUGAACUAUCUCAUCCAGCACGCUACAGGAACAGGAAAGAGUCUCACCAUCUCCUCCCUCUGCCUCGCGCUGCUGCGGCUCCCUGACCAGGACUCUCCCUCCUCCUCCAUCGUUGGAUGGCUGCGAGCUGCGAGCUCCUCCCCCUCCCUCCCCUCCUCCACCUUCCACUAUACGUUCGUCAUCAUCCUUACCGACAGACUUCAGCUGGACCGUCAGCUCGGGGAUACGAUCGAGCUCUUCCUCCAGAGCAACGGACAUGGGCUGAUCCGGUGCCGGACGACGGGAGAGCUGGCAGAAGCGAUCCGGGACCCUUGGCACGGGGGGCCAAGAGCGAUUCUGAGCACUAUGCAGAAGUUUUCAGGGCUAGCAAAGACGCAGAGCAGGACGGUGGGGGAGGGGGAGGGGGAGGGAGGAGGGGAGGACAUACUGCAGGUGCUGGUGAAACGGCACAGGGUAGCGAUCAUAGCAGACGAGGCACAUCGCUCUCACGGGCAGAGGACGAGCCUCGCCAUGCACGAGAUGUUGGGGGGCCGUCGGGCUCAGAGUCCGAGCAUCAACUACUUCGGUUUCUCUGCUACCCCCUCGAGGACAGCACUCAAACUGUUUGGGAGGAGACGAGCUGGAGGAGGAGGAGGAGGUGGUGGUGGUGGUGGUGGUGGUGGUGGAGGAGGAGGAGGUGGUGGUGGAGGAGGAGGUGGAGGAGGGCUGGAGUACGCACCAGCUCACUGCUACAGCAUGCAGGAGGCGAUAGCCGAUGGGCAUGUGAUGAACCCGCUUGCAGACUACAUGUGCGUGAAAAUCAGCUCAGGGGCUGCGGAGAGGGAGAAGAGGCAGAAGGGCGGGAGAGCGGAGGAGAGGAGAAGUUCCAAGGCGCUAGUCUCCGCAAAGAGCGAGUAUAUCGUCAACGAUUUCCUGGCACGGAGAUCCGAGGUUGUGAGAAAGGAGCGAGCAGAGAGAAAGACAGGUAGAAGUGAUGGAAACAAAAAGACAAAGGAGAAGAUUGAUAGCAAGGGGACUGGGGAAGAGGAGGAGGAGGAGGGAGGUGGCGGCGGAGGAGGAGGAGGCGGAGAAGCAGGAGAAAGACCUUUCAAACCUCGAGCUAUGGUCGUGUGCAAGUCGAGGGCAGAUGUGGUUGCCUUCACUCUUUGCAUGAGAGAGUUGUGGAAGAAGAAAUGCAACCUUGAAGUGACAUCGCCGUCAACAAACUCUUGCGAUGAAGAGGUCACGGUGUAUGGAGCUUUCAGCGGUGAAGUCACGAGCAAGGUUUGGACGCAGCCUGCUGGGACGAAGAGGAAGAAGGAGGAGGAAGGGAGAGAGGAGGCUGUGUCAGAAGUUGGGCUGAACAGAUGGGAGGCGAGCUUGGAGGACGCUGAUAUCCUUGUGGUGUGCAACAAGCUCGAGACGGGGUUCGAUGAUCCACACCUCUGCUUCAUGUAUGUCGAUCGACUUCUGCAUGGCGCCAAGUGCGUUCAGAUUCUCUCGCGCAUCAACCGAAUUCACCCGCGGAAGAAAGGCAAACUAGACCUCUCAACUGCUGCAACUGCUCUCCCUUGUUCUUCUUCUCCUCCCCCUUGGCCCCCCCCACUUCUCGUCCUCGUCCUCGUCCUCGUCCUCGUCCUCGUCCUCGUCUACCUCGUCGUCCUCCAUUUCCAUCUUCUGCAUUCUCUCCCCCUCCUCUACACUUUCUUCGUCUCCUGCUCUUGGCUGAGCUUGCUAUCAGGGACUCGAGUCGUCGACUUUGUCAACUGCUCGGAGGCCAUACGAACUUCUUUCGCCGAGUUCUGGGGGGAGAGCAAGUUAGGAGGAGGAGAGGCAGCUGAGGAGGCGAGAGCCAACACUCUCCUUGACGCAAGCCUCAAUCGCUUGUUCUGUCUGCUCUCCUCCUCCUCCUCCUCCUCCUCCUCCUCCUCCUCCGCCUCCUCCUUCUUGUCAUCCAUUGGCGAUCUAACCCUCUCAGAAGCAACAGCUCGGCUCUCACAGACGUCGGAGGACGCGGCGCAGGCAGCGAGGGACCUGACUAUCUACCUCAACCUCUGUCAGCAGCUGAACUUGAGCAAGUACUGCAUGCCGCCAACGUUCGCAUCCUCUCUUCUUCAGAACCUGUCGAAGAAGAGCGCGAAGGGAGAGGAGAAGGGAGGGCAGGGGAGGAGCGUCAAGGGAGGAGGCAAAGAGGACAUUCAGUUCAGUCAGACUUACGUCGGGUCGAUAUCAGUCGAAGAGGAUGACGCGGUGCGGGCAGAUGUGUAUCGAGCGCGUUCUCUUGCGAGUGAGAGUGUCGUAGCCAUGACGUCCAACACAACCUUGAGACAAACGUCUUCCUCCUCUCCUGAUUCCCCCAAGAUUCUCUCCAUCCUACAGCGACUUGAUCUGCUCCCGAUGAGUAGAGACAUUCUCGUCGAGACUGGCAUCGGCAUCCUCCUCAAGAGUUUCCGUCGCCAUUCCGACCUGCAUGUAUCCAGCAUGAGCAAGGAGAUCAUUCAGCGCUGGAAAGCUCUCCUCUCUCCUACCUUCCCCAAGCAGCUGCCUCCCUCCUCCCUCACCCACGAAUGCGCUUCUCACCUCCUCCAAGCUGAAUCCCGAGAGAAAGUUGUCGUCAAGAUGCUCAACGCGCUCCUGCAAGACGAAGGAGCAGACAAGGGCACAGCAACCUCCAUUGCAAAGGAGAUAGAGUAUCAAGUCGCGUCCUCCUCCAUCUCCUCAGUUGCUGCUGGAGUGGGAGGAGGCGAUCGGGCACGAGCAUGGUACAACCAGAAAGUUCGUCAGCUACUUUUCAACCUCCGCGAUCCUCGAAACGACGCCUUAAGGAAGCAAGUUCUUUCCUCCGAGCUUCCUCCCUCUUCCCUCGUCGUGGCGGAUCCCGCCAAGCUCGCCAACUCUGACCUUGCUGCGUCCCGUGCCAAGUGA